AUGGAGGCCGGAGACGCGCAUGCGAGCGCGCCCGACAGCUUCGCAACGCCGCCACCGCCGCCGCCGGCCAAAAAAGGCCGGCGCGCGAAGAAAAAGGGCGACGAGGAUGAGGCCAGCAACAAGCGGCGCUGCAUCUCCAGCGCUUGCGUGCCGUGCCGCAAGAGGAAGAGCAAGUGUGACGGCACCACGCCCGCCUGCUCCGCCUGUGCCGCCGUGUACAAUACCGAGUGCCUCUACGACCCCAACUCGGACCACCGCCGCAAGGGCGUCUACAAGAAGGACCUGGACAGCCUCAAGACGCGCAACUCGACCCUGCAGACGCUCGUCCAGGCCAUCCUCAACUACCCGGAGGAGGAUGUCGCCGCGCUCGUGCAGCAGAUCCGGACCUGCGAGAGCCUGGACGCCGUCGCAGAGGCCAUCGCCGCGAGGGAGAGCGGCGGCGGCAACGACGACGACGACGACGAGCCCGUCAGUCCCAUGGCCACGCCUGCCGUCGCCCCCCUCAAGCCGACCUUCGAGAGCCAGCUGAGCGGCAAGAUAGGCGAGCUGCGCCUCGAGGACGGCUCCACGCGCUACAUCGGCGGCACCUCGCACCUGAUCUACCUGGGCCAGCGCAGCGAGGCGGCCGACUCGCCGGACCCGUACGCCGAGCCAGACGAGCAGUGCCAGCAGGUCGAGGACGCCUACUGCACCUGGACGACCGUCACCUCGGACCCGGAGCUGGUGCAGCACCUCAUCGGCAUGUACUUCUGCUGGCACUACAGCUUCUUCACGACCCUGUCCAAGCACCUGUUCCUGCACGAGUUCCAAGCAGGGAAGCCGCCGCCGGGGUCGGGCAGGAAGAUGCAGUACUGCACGCCCUUGCUGGUAAACGCCAUGCUGGCACUGGGCUGCCACUUCACGUCGUUGCCGGCCGCGCGCGCCGUGCGAGACGACUCGGCCACGGCGGGCGACCAUUUCUUCCGCGAGGCCAAGCGCCUGAUCAUGGAAGAAGACCUGCACGAGGUGCCCGCGCUGCCCACGGUCCAGGCGCUGGCCCUCAUGUCCGUCCGCGAAGCUGGCUGCGGCCGGGAAGCAAAGGGCUGGGUGUACAGCGGCAUGUCGUUCCGCAUGGCGUGCGACCUCGGCCUCAACCUCGGCAUGCACACCAGGGACGCCAUUGACGAGCAGGAGGAAGACGCCCGGCGCAUCACCUUCUGGGGCUGCUUCCUGUUCGACAAGUGCUGGAGCAACUACCUCGGCCGCAUGCCGCAGCUGGCCAACAACAUCAUCACCGUGCCCAAGUUCGACGUCUUCCCUGUCGAAGACGCCGAGACGUGGAGUGCGUACACAGACUCUGGAAUCAGCCAGGCGCACUCGCAGCCUUCGCGGACGAGGGCCGUUGCGCUGCAGAUUUCCAAGCUGUGCCACAUCUCGAGCGAUCUUAUGAACUUCUUCUACAACCCCAUCGACAUGGAUAAGGCAAAGGGCAAGCAGGCCGAGCUGAAGAAGCUCAGCGAGAUACAUGUGCGACUGGAAACGUGGAGAAGAGAAUUGCCCAAGGAGCUCGAGCCCAAAGAAGGCGGGCUGCCGCAUAUGCUCGUCAUGCACAUGUUCUUCCAGCUCCUCUACAUCCACCUCUUCCGGCCUUUCCUCAAGUACAACCCCGACAAUUCGCCUCUGCCGCCCAACAUCUCGCCACGCAAGCAGUGCACGCAAGCGGCAGCCAUGAUCUCCAAGCUCCUCCGCUUGUACAAGCGCUCGCACGGCCUGCGCCAGAUCUGCAACAUCUGCGUCUACAUUGCGCACUCGGCAUGCACGAUACACUUGCUCAACCUUCCCGAGAAGAACGCUAAACGAGACAUCAUCCACGGCAUCAAGCAUCUCGAAGAGAUUGCCGAAGGGUGGCUUGGCGCACGCCGCACAUUGGGCAUCCUGAGCGUACUGGCUAAGCGUUGGAAAGUCGACCUUCCCGAAGAAGCUUCAGCAGUACUCGCACGGACGGAUGAAAAGUUUGGUCCUUGGAACGAGAUCAGCACUCCAAAGGCUACUCGUGCCGAGCCGGCCAUGAUCGCAGAAGGACAUCAGGCUACAAGUCCAACGCAGAAGUUUUCUCCCAGCCUACAGCCAACAGCUGUCUACGGCAUGAGCAUCACAGACGUCACAACGCCAAACUUCCCUGCCCGAACCCCGGCCUCAACAAGCAGCGCUGCUACCGCAUUCGUAAGCCACCCCCAAGCCACCGCAUCCUCCUACGUCCCAUCUUGGACAUUUACACGCGACCCUUCCUCCAUCCCCCCAACCGACCUGACUCACACCCGCCUCCAGCGCCACCCCUCGGACCCCCUCAACUACGCGACGCCCAACCACGCCCACACGCCCGCGACACCGGCGUCGACACAAGCCCGGCAGUCUCUGGACGGCAUGAGCUCGGCGGGGGCGUCGCCGUCGCAGCUCUUCGGCGGCGUGGACCAGCUGAUGCGCGAGGGCCAGGACUGGAUCUUCCGCGACCAGACGCAGCUCGCCAGCGGGUUCGACAACUGGAGCAACCAGGAGUUUGGCGACAUGGCCAGCUGGUUCGCGAGCACGGGCGCGUCGCCUGCCGCUGCGUUUCCGCACACGACGAUGAACGGCGGGCCGGUUGGCGGCGCGGCGACGGCGCCGAACGGGUAUAAUGUCAAUGGUGUGCCGAUGAACGGGGCGGGCGUGAAUGCGAGUGCGAAUGGGAACGCGAAUCCUGCGCUGAACGGGGCGGGCGGUGGCGUGGGCGGGAUGCACGGGUUUACGUAUGACGAGCGGAGCUGGUAUGAUUACCAGUGA